AUGGAAAUUCUAAGCUCAAAAAGAUGGCCAAUAAUGAAAAUGGGAAUUGCUUAUUUAGGUUGUUCAUCAGGACCUAAUGCUUUAAGGGUGAUGUCGGAAAUAGUUGAAGCUAUAAAUGCAGCUUCAAAUAUGUUGGAUCGACCAGCACCAAAAGAACUAAUGUUGUAUAUGAAUGACAUUUUCACCAAUGACUUCAACAAUGUCUUUGCUUCUUUGCCAUCUUUUCACAAAAGAAUAAACCAGAAAAAAGAAAAUAAUGGAUACUUUAGUUCUAACUGUUUUGUUUCCGCUGUACCGGGAACUUUCUAUUGUAGACUUUUCCCAACUAAGUCAAUUCACUUCGUUCACUCUUCUACCAGCAUUCAUUGGCUUUCUCGUGUAUGUUUUUCAAACUUUACGAGACUACUUUCUCAAGUUGUUGAGAAAGGAUUAAGCGUUGGUUGUUAUUAUUCACUUGUAAUAUUUUGUCUUUACUAG